CCAAGACCGCCAAAAAAUCAACACGCGAGAAUGUAAACAGCGAUCGAGAAGAGGAGAAUCCAAGCCCUUAUGAACACUAAUAUCUCCCUUCCUAAGCCCUUAUACACUCAGUACGACCAUGGAAUCGAAUACUGUGGUGCCAAUCUGCUCCUCCCUCCAGCUGUUGGCAAGAUGGCUGUGAUGGAAGGGCCGCUUAGCAAGUGGACUAAUGUAAUGAAAGGUUGGCAGUAUCGCUGGUUCGUGUUGGAUGAUGGCGCCGGCCUGCUCUCAUAUUAUACGUCGAAGGAAAAGAUGAUGCGUGGUGCCCGGCGAGGCUGUGUGCGUCUGAAGGGAGCUGUGGUGGGCAUUGAUGAUGAUGAUGACUCCACCUUCACCAUCACUGUGGACACCAAGACUUUUCACUUCCAGGCACAUGACCCGGACGAGAGGGAGAAGUGGAUACGAGGCUUGGAGGACACCAUUGUGAGGCACACUCCUUCCAUCAGGCGGUGGGACCCUAGCAAGCCGGCGCCCACCAUGGCAGACUUUGAUAAGAAGCUGACAGAGAGCGACGCGUACCUGCAGCUCCUCAUCGAACAGAGUACUGUCCUGGAGCGACACAUGUUCUCCACCGACGACCAGGACGACCGCCGCCGCUGCCAGGAUGUCGUCACCAACAUCAACAGCGUCCUCGAGUCCAUCAAGCACUCCAUCGUCCUCCUGCAGAUCGCCAAGAACACAGCCUUCCCAGUGAAUGGCGUGUACCACCCUUGCAAUGCCAUCCCUGAAGGCUCCAAUACCACCACCACCACCACCACCACUACUACUACAGCUGCUGCUCCCACCACCACCACCACCACCACUGCUGCAGGGGAGAGGAUGGCUGUCUCAGGGGAUGACGGUGUGCCACUGACUGUCUCCCCAGCAGUGCAAACAGGGAUAGAGGUUGGCCGGGAGUGUGCAGAAGGUGCUGGUUCUCUGGCUGGUAUCAUGCAGAGAGGAAUGGUGCCGUGUGCUCUUGCUCCUCCUGGCAAUGUUGUCCCGGAGACUUCGUACUCAAGCUCAGAGGAUGAAGAUUUCUUUGACGCUGAUGAUUUUGCCAGCAACGCCAGCAGUGCCACACCCUCCCAGAGUCCGAGUGGGCCACGUCUGUUUGAGGAUGCCGUGGAGACUAUCCCAGGCCGUGUGCACACCUCUGAGGCCGUGACCAGUCCCUCCAAGGCCUCUGGUGAUUCCUCGGCACACAGCCCGCUGCUGGAGCCCUCUCCAAGCCCCCAGGAUGUGGGCAGCGAGGGACAGAUGGUUGGUUCUCCUGUUCAGUCCCCCUGCAGGUCACCCAGUGUCUCUGCCUCCUCCAGGGACUCAGAGGGGCGCAGGGACGAGCUGCAGCCGCUCAAGAGUGGUGGGGGUUCCUUUGACUACGACCGCAUGUAUGACGAGGACGACGACCCGGAGCUGGGAUCCAUGGAGAGCCAUGGUUCUGUCAUCCACCACCUCUUGUCUCAGGUUAAAAUAGGAAUGGACUUAACGAAGGUUGUGCUUCCGACCUUUAUCUUGGAGAGACGGUCACUGCUUGAGAUGUAUGCCGAUUUCUUUGCACACCCUGACCUCUUCUGCAGCAUCGCGGACAUGCCCACGCCCCAGGAGCGCAUGGUGCAGGUGGUGAAGUGGUACGUGUCAGCCUUCCACGCCGGCAGGAAGAGUGAGGUGGCCAGGAAGCCGUAUAACCCAAUUCUAGGGGAGGUGUUCAGAUGCUACUGGGACAUCCCUGGCGCGGACUCCAAGGGUGACAAAGUACCUGAUGGGCCGAUACCUUGGGGGACGAGUAACAAUCUGUGCUUCGUGGCGGAGCAAGUGUCUCACCACCCUCCCAUCUCCGCCUUCUAUGCUGAGCACAAGACCAAACGCAUCUCCUUCUGUGGCCACAUCUGGACCAAGUCGAAGUUCCUGGGGCUAUCCAUCUGUGUCAACAACAUUGGGCAGGGCUGCGUCUCCCUCCUGGAUCAUGAUGAAGAAUAUAUUCUGAAUUUCCCCAGUGGUUAUGGAAGAUCUAUCUUGACAGUGCCAUGGGUGGAGCUGGGCGGCACCUGUCAGAUCACCUGCAACAAGACUGGCUACAGUGCCAGUGUAGAGUUCCUGACCAAGCCUUUCUAUGGCGGCAAGAAGCAUCGGAUAUCAGCGGAAGUCUUCAGUCCUGGGGAGCGGAAACCUUUCUUGACGGUGGAUGGAGAGUGGAACGGAGCAAUGGUGGCAAAGACUAGAGACUCGUCGGAGAGUGUACCGUUUGUGGACACGAAGAGCAUGGCCACUGUCAAGAAGAAGGUGAAGCCCAUCGCAGAACAGGCGGAGAAUGAGUCACGGUUCAUGUGGAAGGAAGUGACGGCCGGACUCAAAUUCAACCAGAUUGACGAAGCAACUAGCGCCAAGUUUGCCUUGGAGCAGCGGCAGAGGGAGGAGGCCAAACACCGCAAGGAAAACGGACUCACAUGGGAGACUAAACUGUUUGACCUAGUGGCCGACAACUGGGUGUACAAGUAUGCCCUGCUGAACCGCUUCAGGAACAACUGACAUUAGAACACCUUGCCGUGAAGAGAGUGAGAGGAUUCAUCUUCUCUGUGCAGUGGAAGGCGUUUUUUAAUUCAGUUUGAGUCAUGCAUGUCAAUCAAAGGCCAUGAGUAAGUACAUCUUCUUUGCUCGUUUUUUGUAAGUCAGUGUUUGAUAUCUAUGCAAAGAAGUUACUUGAUUUUGUUCCCAUUGAGUUGAUCUGGAGUUGUCUGUGGUCGUGGGGAAUAGGAGAGCAGCGAGUCACUUCUGCCGUGCUGUUUUUUGGAGACGUGCGGCUGAGUGCAGGUCUAGGCCAGUGCAGAGCAGGCAACCAAAGUUAUUAAGUGUAUAUUUUGUUGGUGCUCUUUGUCACUACAGUUGUCUUGAGAAGUGAUGUUUAUAUGCCACAAAAUGUAUCUAUCACAUCUCCUGUUCCUCUUGGUCUUUGUGGAGGCAAUGUAAAGCACUUCAUUAGCCGUCUGUCUCAAUAUAUAGACAUGAAAUUGCCUGAACUUUCUGACAUCACUUCUUGAGGCAACUGUACAUCUUAUAAGCAUUUCUCCCUGGUAAUAAUGGGGAGAAAUGCGCCACUGAAACAUCCAUGAUAAGUUUCCGUUUCAUGUAAUUGUGUGGUCCAUCUUGUCAGGUAAAUUUUUACAUUGCGUAUCUUUGUGCUGAGGGAAGGGCUGGGACGGGAUGGGAUGGGAAGGGGUGGGUGGGGUGAGGGUGUCCAUUUAUUUCAUGGUGUCACCACAGUGGAGUCACAUAGCUUCAUAAUACAGGGGGGUAAGGUAUUAUGUGGCAUCAUGUACUGGUUUUUUACUUCGUUGUACACACACACACACACACACACACACACACACACACACACACACACACACACACACACACACACACACACACACACACUGCAAGAAGAGACAACAGUGGUAAACAAAGCUAUGAAAGGACUGGAAUAUGACAAAGAAGGCAUGUUUGUGAGAUGUGGGAAAGAAGAAGACAUAAUGAAAAGCUGAAGAUGCACAAGGAAUUACAAGAAAGAAGAGACAUUAGCAGUAUACUGAGCUAUGAGAGGACUGGGGAAAUUUGACAAGAAUGGCAUGUUUGUGAAAGACAGAAAAUUCAAGAGGGCAUGAGGAUAAACUGAAGACAAGAGACUCAAAGGAUGCAGAGUCUAUUAGUCUAGUAAUCUCCACUAAUCAGAAAUGAUUGACUAAAUAAGAUGUGGAGACAGAACCAGUGUAAUCUUGUUUCCUGCAAAUUAUGACUAGUUAAAUACAUACAUACACAUCCAUACACCUGCACUCUGCUGCCUAGGAGUGUAUGGUGUGGCUAGGCAGUGUAUGGCAGCAUUACUGAAUGAAACAUGAUAGGAACAUAUAAAAAUAUCACAACAUUGCUGAACGACAAGGCAACAAACCAAAACACAGUAUUUCCUCUGAACUAAAGACUGCAUUUGAAUCCCUCUUAUCUUUUGCUUUGUUUUGGUCUUGGAUUGUCCAGUAAUAAUGCAAUAGGUGCGCUGAAGGCAAUAACUAAACCAUAGGAACCAAUUUUGAAUGGUGAUCAGUUGGUUAGACAGUUGGUUUUUACACUUAAGUUUUCACAGGGUUUAUCUGGUGCUGGUUUGUGUCUCUUGUGAUCCAGUGCUUCUGUGUCCCUUGUCUUCUGAGUAGAUAAGUAAUACUACGGUAGACUCAGGCUGGUUUAGUCGUUGAUUCCAAGCCGUUCCGCGUAUUUAUGUCACAUUCUGGGGAUGUUUUGGAUAAUUUGAUACAAGCCAGAGUACAUUGAAUUAGCAAGUGUUUGCUGUCAUAUGUAGUGAACCAAGUUACAUGUCAUAUAGUGUACAAAUAUUCCCUUUAUUUUGCUAAUGGUGUUUCGAGUCUCGCUUCUUGUGUGGUGAGUGGACACAAGCUAGACUGUUCCUUUGUUCCUGCAGCUUGGUGGGUGACUGAGAGAGACAGUGAGGAGUUUCAACCAUUAACUGUAGGCUACACUAUUGUCUAAAUACCUGAGAUGAAUGGGAAGACCAAAGACCUGGGGGUGUUUUGUUGGUGAGUGUGGGAGACAAUGAGGUGUGAGUCUAUGAAGCAGCCAUUAACUGUAGUCUACACUCUGCUUAAAUAUAAAUACUUGAGACCAGUGGGAAGACCAAAGACCUGAAGUGUAUAGAGGUAACAAUGAGAAAGAUGAACAGGGAAGGGAUUAUCAGUGACUACAAAAAGUGGAAUAGUCAGGACCAUAUUCAGAAACACUUCUGUGCUGGACCUCCACUAUAUUCAAAGGCUUUAGUUUAAGUGACAUGUUUUUAAAGGUGUUUUUACAGUUCUAGUGA